ACAUCAAAAUAUCUGCUAAGAAACCAGCUACCAAGUGAAAUCCGAAGUCUCUCGAAUUCCGAUCCAAGUAAACGAAAGUUGCCAUCGAUCGACCAUCAAAAAAAGAGAGAGCAAUUUUCCGGUGCAAUUUUUGGUGCGACGAGCCAAACUACCAGAGCUGAGGGUGUAAUUAAACUUCAGCUUAAUUGCUUCGAACUCACCGAACUGAAAGACUGCGGAUAAAUAGACAGAAGUCAUGUGGAAUCAACGGAAAGUACACGCCUGCCUGCUGCUCUCCAUCGUGGCGAGCAACUGCCUUCUGAUGACCUUUGCCUUCCCCCAGCAGGAGGUCUAUCAGCGACAGCACCAGGUGACCCAGUCACCUGUCUUCCGGGACGAGAGCAGCGCCAGGAAGUUCGCCGUCAAGCCAAAUGCCUCGAAGAAGGUGGCUUUGGACGACAUCGAGGAUGAUCUGGAGACCAAUCAGAUCCAGGAGAGCGUUGGCGGACCCGGUGGCUUUACUUGGUCCAACAUGCUGUCUACCGUGAUGACCAUGUUCUUCAAUAACGCCGUUAAUGCACCCACCAAGUCCGACGACGUUGACAACUCCAUCGGUCUGGGCGGUAGCCCCUGGGCUAAUGUCAUCUCUAUGGGUCUUCGCAUCAUCAACACCUUGCUGGGCGGCGGAGCUCCGAGCGAUGGCAUCGAUAAGGUCGACAACGGCGGAUCUCCCAUGCAGGGCAUAUUGGUGGCUGUGAUGUCUGCCGUUUUAGGCACCAGAGACCCCGAUCAAGUCAACUCGAUGGCCAAGCAAGCUGGCGAGUUCAUACAGAUCGUGAUGAACCUGCUGGACGCUCUGAAGACCUCCUUCUCCCACCGCUCCCUGACCGCCCGCUCCCUGGGCAAGCGCGACUCCGUCAGCGACGCCGUCGUGGCCAGCAUCUCCCUGAUGAAGGGCUACGUCCGCACCUACCGCAACUCGGAGGACCGCUGCACCCAGAAGUACAUGUGCGACGCCAACACGGAGUGCGUCCGCGAGAUCGGCGGCAGCAGCAUCUUCUGCCAACUGGGAUCUUAUGCCACCAGCUAUGUGCUCGGACGCACCAGCGGCAGCAGCUUUGAGGAUCUCUACGAUGCUGGACGCCGGGGACGAUCGGGCUUCGACUGUCGCCAGAUGUAUCUGGAGUGCAACGAGGUCUAGACCCUCCUGACACCCACGACUGGACACUUUCUCUUUAAACUAAUUUAAAUUAAUUUAUGUACUUCCACCUAGACAUUAGCUAUUUAUAUUAUUUAUUUAAAAAUGCUGUAUUUAUGUAGACGAGUUGCUUCUUUCAAGCUGACCAACAAAAGGAAAUCUUUAAAAAUAAAAUGCAUUCAAUGAAACA